AUGGCCGACGGCGACAAUGACGGGAUCCCGGAGAGUGUACUUGGCAUACUCAAGACAGCGUCGGAAGAAAUUCUGAGCAAACAGGACGGAUACUGUUUUACGGUGGAUAACGGACCCAACGAAGUCGUCGAUGAACCGUUUUCUUAUAACGACGCCGAGCUGGCCGAGUUUAUUAAUUUCGAUAUGAUAGGAGAUGAAGGUGAUAAUCUGGAGUCUUUUAACCAUCUCAUUACUAAUACAAACCACGAAGAUCUUACUGGCGAUCGCAAGGUGUUAAAAAUAUUACUGAAUUCGGGGAUUGGUCAAGUUGUACCAGAAAACUAUGUGGUUUUGAUACAUUAUAUUGCUUAUAUAUCAAACCUUCAAGAACCAUUUGAUGUAACAUAUCUUCAAGGCAGAAGACCUAAACGUUUUACAUUGGGUAGUGGUGAACUCAUUCCAGGAUUAGAAAUUGGUAUAAAAACGAUGACUACUGGUGAAAACGCAAGGUUUAUAAUACAGCCAGAAUUGGCAUACAGAGAAUUGGGUUGCCCACCUCGCAUACCACCAAACGCAACUAUUCUGUUUGAUGUCCAUCUUGUUUCCUUUUUAUCACCUGAGAGUAUCAUAACCUUUGAUAGAGAAAACCGUGAUCCUGAUGCAUUUAAUAAAAAUAUGGUACAAGUUAAAAAAUUGCAUUUUGAAGGUAAUGAACAAUUUAAACUUAAAAAUAUAGAUAAAGCCGUAUUUAAAUAUAAUCGAGCAUUAGAACUACUGCAUAUAGCUGGAUGCAAAAGUGACAACGAAGAAAUAGAAAUGAUGAAAUAUUUGAAUAAGAUCUAUACAAAUUUAAGCGUGUGCUACUUAAAACAAUGUGCGUUUAAUAAAGUAUGUCGUAUGGGCAUAGAGGCAUUGAAAUAUUCAGAGAGAUUUUCCAAACGCUCAGCAAAAUUAUUUUUCAACUGGGGUAAAGCAUUACGCUUGUUAAAAGAUUUUACAGAAGCGAAGAAAAAGCUUGACAUGGCAUUGAAACAUGAACCUCAAAAUGAAACAAUACUUUAUGAGAUUCAUAAAUUAAAAAAAGAUAAAGAAUUUCAUCGUAAUGUCGAAUCAAUUACAUUAAAAGAUGACAACGAUGCUGAUGAAAAUAAACGUAUGGCUCCAGAAUUUUGGGACGUAUUCAAUAAACAUUUAACCGAGUUUUAUACUGGUAGUGAUGAUGUAUUGACAGUUAUGUUGAACAAAAACCCUGAUGACAUUGAGGUAGUCAAAAACAAGGCAAGUGCUUAUGACCUCCAAGUUCAAGUAAUCACAAAAGCUGGUGUUCCAACAAAUUGUAUUGCAAUCAAAAAAUAA